AUGGCUAACGUCAAGGUGGCCGUGCGGGUCCGGCCUCUGAGCAAAAGAGAGAGUGCAGAAGGAGGAAGAGUCAUUGUAGAAGUUGAUGACAAAGUGGCAAAAGUCAGAAAUAUAAAGGUUGAUAGUAGGCUUGAUGGUGCUUGGGACUCGAGAGAAAAGACUGUGGCCUUCAGCUUUGAUUACUGCUACUGGUCAGUUGAUCCCGAAGAUCCGAAGUAUGCGUCUCAGGAAAUGGUGUUCCAGGACCUUGGAACUUCUGUGUUGUCAGGUGCAUUUAGAGGAUAUAACAUCUGCCUCUUUGCAUAUGGACAAACAGGUUCAGGAAAAACUUACACAAUGAUGGGAACACCUGCAUCCAUCGGACUGACACCACGUAUAUGUGAGGGCCUCUUUUCAAGGAAAGAUGAUUACUCAGACCAGGCAGCAUCUUGCAGAGUAAAGGUCAGUUUUCUUGAAAUCUAUAAUGAGCGUGUCCGAGAUUUGUUAAAACAAUCAGACCGAAAGAAACCUUAUACCCUUCGAGUCCGUGAACACCCUGAAACAGGACCAUAUGUACAAGGGUUGACUCAACAUUUAGUUACUGACUACAAGCAAGUUGUAGAACUUCUAGAAGAAGGAAUAGCUAAAAGAAUCACAGCAGCUACACAUAUUCAUAAUGCCAGCAGCAGAUCCCAUGCUAUCUUCACCAUCCACUACACUCAGGCUAUAUUGGAGAACAAUCUCCCCUCUGAAAUUGCAAGCAAGAUCAACUUAGUGGACCUUGCAGGCAGUGAAAGAGCUGAUCCCAGUUACUGUAAAGAUCGAAUUACCGAAGGUGCCAAUAUUAACAAGUCAUUAGUUACACUUGGAAUUGUCAUCUCCACUUUAGCACAAAAUUCACAGAUGUUCAGCAGCUGCCAGAGCAUAAAUACCAUAACAAGCGAAGGGGAGAGCAGCCAUGCAGACAGUCCUUCCACAGGCAGCAUCAGUGGGACCAGGCGGCCGGCUUACAUCCCCUACCGUGACUCCAUCCUUACCUGGCUUCUGAAGGACAGUCUGGGGGGCAACUCCAAGACCAUUAUGAUUGCCACUAUCUCUCCUGCUAGCUCCAGCUACAAUGAGACCAUGAGUACCUUGAGAUAUGCUUCAAAUGCCAAAAAUAUCAUUAACAAGCCCAGAGUGAAUGAGGAUGCAAACGUAAAACUGAUCAGAGAACUGCGAGAAGAAAUUGACAGGUUGAAGACUAUGCUGAUGAGCUUUGAACUGAGGAAUUCUAGUCCUUCUUGGAGCGAUGACAGGGAUGGAAAUCUGACUGAGCUGGUGCUUCAGAAUGAAAUGAAGAUUGAGCAGUUGACCAAAGACUGGACAAAUAAAUGGACAGACAGAAAAGCCAUCAUGGAAGAAUACAGUGUGGACAUCAACAAAGAAAAAGCUGGAGUAACAAUAGAUUCUAGUUUACCUCAUCUAAUGGCCAUGGAUGAUGAUAUCCUCAGCACGGGAGUGGUGCUGUAUCAUCUCAGGGAAGGAACAACCAAAAUUGGAAGAAGUGAUUCAGACCAAGAUCAAGACAUUGUUUUGCAGGGAAGGUGGAUUGAAAGGGAUCACUGUAUGAUAGACAACAACUGUGGGAUUGUGACACUGCGACCAGUUCAGGGCGCACACUGCACUGUGAAUGGAUGUGAAGUCACUGGAUCGUGUCGUCUCUCUCAAGGGGCCCUUGUUGUCCUUGGCAAGUCUCAUAAGUUUAGAUUCAAUCAUCCGGCAGAAGCUGCUAUCUUAAGACAAAGAAGAUCAAUUAAUGAAACCCCACCCAUUCUGAGUUGUGGAGCUUUGGACUGGCUCAACUUGGAUGGAAGUUGCACCCAUUCUUCUCACUAUGUCCUUUCUUCUCUUGACUAUCAAAAAUGCAGAAACUGUAAAGAAAACAAACGUUCUACUGAACUAAGCAGAGAAAUAGAUGCUGUCCAUGAAGAGUACAAGCAGAAACUGAGAGACCAGGAAGUUUUCCACAGAAAACAAAUUCAACGGCAGCAUAUCUACGUUGAGGACUUAAAGCAGCAGAUCCUGAGAGGACAGAUCAGAGCAGAGCAGGAACUAGAAAAUGACCAAGCACUGAUCAACCAGCAGAUCCAAGAAAACCAGCAGUGGCUUAUAAAUGAGAAUAAACGACUGGCUGCCCUUCAGCAACAGCAGAGGGAGUUUGCAGUGCAGACAGAGUCCAGGUUGUAUGCAGAGGCUGAGGUGCAGAGUGCCAUCGGGCUGGAAAUCUGCCCUUCCCUACUACAGCAGAACAAGAAGAGGUUGGUGCAGCUGGAGCUCUUGCGAAGAUACUCCUUAAAAAAGGCAGAAAGAAACAUACGAAGGAAAAAGGUAAAAUUCCAGCUGGAAAGGAUAGUCAAGAAGCAGAAGUUAUUGGAAGCCAAGCAAAACCUAGAGCAGCUGGAAGCUAGCUGCUGGCUCAAUGAAGAGUGUGUGAAACAAGCCCAAAUCCUAAACGAAAAUACUGCUGUACGGUCCUCUUCAGACCACCACUUGCAAAAGAGAAGGAAGUCAUUGGGUUCCAGUUCCUUGCAGCAGAGGCAGGAUUCAUUCUGUAACCCACAUCUGCCCCAGGUACCCAGCUUUUUGUUGAAGAGGGAGACUGUCGCAAAGUUAUCUACCUCACCAAAUACUGAUCAAUGCUGUGAAGGCAAUACAACAGGGACGUUGUCAUCUGAAGACUAUCUUUACAGAAGAGGUAAAGACGUUUCUGAGAGUGAUGACCUUAAUGAUGAAGAAGGGAUCUCCUUUUCAGUCCGGAGGCAGCUAACUGAAAAACAAAAACCAUCUUCAUUUGGAAAUAAAAAAGGAGCAGAAAAAGAUUCUAAUGAUUCAGCUAUCAUGGCUUAUAUCAAUAAAAACGAUCAGAACAUUGAAAAGUUGGAUGACAACCCAGGGCAAGCUGGAUCUCAAAAACAGACCUCUAAAGGCUCCCCUCCUGAUCUUUCUAAGGAGAAAGAGGAGCCUGAAACCUUUAUUACAGGGACAAGAAUGACAAAAGCAAAGGUGCUAGGAAAUUUAAAUCAGCCUGCAAGUAGCAAUCUAGAAAAAAAUAGAGCUCAGGUAUCCAAUAAAAAGACUAGAAUUGAUAUCAAUGGAAAAGGCCACAGGUCUUCUCCAGAAAACUUUCCUAAAGAAAUGAAGAAAACAGUGUAUGGAAACCCACCAUCAGCGCAUCUAAACCAAACAGCCAAGAACUGGAAAAGAGAGCCCAACUCAGCCUUGCCAAGUCAUGAGACAUCAUCAGGGGAACAGCAAGAAUUUCUGAUGGUGGCAACAUCAGUAGGAAAUCUCUCUAAGAUCAACACACAUGCACCACUCUCUUACGUUGAAAAAAAGUGGCACAGUGCAGAGUUGCUAAGUUCUGGCGUGUCCAAAACCACCACAGAUAUGCUGGGGAACUGGCAAGAGGAUGAUGAAAAUGAGAUUUCUGAUACUGAUAGUUGCUAUUCUGUAGAUUCUCUCUCCUGUGCUUAUGCAAAAGGUUUCACAGAGAAACUGAAACAAGAAGAUUUUGACAGAAAUAAAUGUCUUGCCAAACCAGAAGAUUCUGAGAGUGAUGACAGUCAAAUGUCACAAGACUCUCUGGUAGAAAAGGAAAAUAAAGGCAAAAAGCAAAAUAAAAGCCAGUCUCACAAGUCAAAGGCCCACCAUGAGCCAGCUAAGCUUUACAAAAGCAGAACUGAUCACCAUAUUUCAUCUUCGGUGACAUCAUAUGCAUCUCAUAUGAGGCUGGGAAAGCCUGAAAGAAGCUUCUCUCUGGACAGCUUAGCUGAUGGAGAAGAGAUGCCAGCAGAAGAUCCAGUAGAAGAAUCCAAAUCUGAUUCAUCUGAUGAAGUGCCGGCAGAGAUUUUCUGGAAGUUACAAACUCCUAGAUCACUGACUAUACAAGCUGAGGAAGACCAUGAGUCCAAGACCUGCAACAGAGAUACAGAAGAGACAAAUUAUGACCUCAAGCUGAGCAGUUCCUUUUAUUUGGAGACUAAACCACAGCCUGCUUCCAGUAAUGCCUGCAGGCAAUUGCUGAAGGGGACAAAAGUCUCCUUUGUAGAACAAGAAAGGUCUCUUGACGGAAGACUGUAUUAUGCAAGUGGAAAUCCUUUGCUUACUAGUGAUGCUUGGUCUUCCUGUGACUCAAAGGUUGACAUCAGUAGCCCCAGAAUAAGAGCACCUCCUUCCCAUGAAAAUCUGGAAUUUCAAGAAGCUCAUCUGGGCUCUUUGAGCAAACCAAAGCUUUGGCUGAAGAAAGAUGAUCUAAAGCAGUCAGCUGCUGAAGUUGCUUUUGUUUCUGGCUCUAAGCAGAUACAUAGCAUUACUCAUUUAUCACAUCAUAUAAACAAAAUAAACACAGUUUUCUCCUCUGACACAUCAGAAGUACCUUUACCUGAAACAACAACUGCAAGCAGAGUUUCUGAGAGUGGAUCAUUAAAUAAGAUUCUUAAGGAAUGGACAAACUCUGAUGGAAAUUCUUCCUUGGAAUCUGAAGAUGCAACGUCCUCAUUUGUUAGCUCCGUAGGACCAAGCUCCUCUUUUGUUCCUAUUUCAGCAAAGCAUGAUUAUUAUGAAUAUUCAAGGUCAAAUUGUCCUGAACAAGAACAACUGAGUAAAUUAUCUACUUACAGGUCUACCACUGAAUGCACACAAACAUUCAGCUGUUUGGAAAGCACCUCCACCACAGCUGGCUUGUCAUUGAUAUCUAGGAAACUGGAGGGUUCUCUCCCCACGACUCAUCCAGAGCUGCCAAAAGAACACACUCUGAAAAAAACACAUUUUACUUCUGUGUUGCCUGUGCACGUUUUGGAGCAGAGAAAUGGCUGUGUAGACGCAGAGUUAGAAGAUGAUUUCUUCAGAACUUUUGAAAAAGAUGACCUCGAUGAUGACUACAGUAACUUGAUGACAAAAUCAAGUAUGACAGAUUCAGGCAGUGGAAGUGCAUCUGUCAGUGCGCCUGCUGCUGAAUCUUCUACAGGAUUUGCUCAUAACAGGACCUCAACACAGAUAUCUGCAGUAAAACAAGUCCAAUUUGGAAACCAUGGGCAGCUUUUUCCAAGAAGGGAAAUACCAACAUGCUGUGAUGAAGGUUUCUUUCUCAAUGACUUAACCAAUAAGAACUGUUCUGUGGUAAGCAGUUAUGAGCUUCAGCCAUUGGCUGGACAAGAAGAAGAAUCAGCUGUUAAAGUAGGUCUCCUCAGAUUUGGGGAGAGUAAUUUGGAAACAAUGCAAGAAAUGGAUUAUGAACAAAUAUCUGCAGAUGAAAUAACAACAGAGACGGAUUUUUCCUCCCAGGAGAUAACAUAUCGAUGUAACCCUUUAGGUGCUGCUCACAGUGCAAGUUAUGACCAAUCUGCAACACCAAUAGAGAUGUCUCAAGAAGACAUUAUCUGCAUGGAAACAAGCACAGAUAGCUUGGCAGAGAUUGCAUCAGAGGAGCCUUCAUUCAGUGAUAAUGAAGAAUACGAACCAAAGGCUGAAGACUUGUCUUCACUGAAUCAUUAUGAAUUCAAAAGCAAACCUGUUUCAAAAAAUUACUCCCACGAGUGUGCUCUAGCAGACAGUCAGGCAGGUCGCUUACCCCAACAAAUUUCAGAAAAUUCUCCAUUAUGUAUUGAUAACAUAAGAGAAGAAAGCAGUGAAAGUAAGGAACACAACGUCUUGAAUUCUCGGGCUGUAGUUCAGAAAGAAUUUUCAUCCAAAUAUGAAAACUUAGUGGUAAAUGAAGUUAGUUAUCUCGUAGUGAAUGCAAAUGGGAAAGACACUGAGUCCUUCCCUGCUGCUAUUUGUGAGAGUACAACUGAUUUUCUCCCAGAAUCCAAUUCAAGCCUAUUCUACCAAGCUUCAACAAAAGCUAAUCUUUUUCAAAGUGCAUCUGAGACUGAAAAUUAUGGUAAACUAUUGGAGCAUUUCACAAUAAUGAAAGGAGAUUGCGAUGCUACCUCUAAUCUUACUGUGGAAGUCAGCGCCACAGAAAGUUGUUCUGCUGUACAUUCUGGCUGCCUUUGCACAACGUGCUCUUCAAAAUCAACAGGGCAGAAAAACAGUACGCAGAAGUUGACCAACGCUUCUGUGGAAUUUGAUGCAGCCAUUGCCCUGGAGGGAGAAACACAGAACAAAUGUUUACUUGAAUCAAGAGAAGAGAAAGAAGCCUUUUUUGAAAGUGAUUGCCCAGAGGAUACCUUGCUUGUUGAAGAUGAUGUGAACUCAGAGUCAGGCAGAGUAUUUGACUAUAACACAAAUACAUCAGCUACUGUUACUCAAGAGGAGAGUCCCUUUGUAAAUAAGGAAUCCAAGUUUGUAGGAGACCUGGAAGCCAAUCCAGAGGAAACUAUGGUUCCUUAUGAGAAGACAAAUGCAAACCCUGGUGAAGAAAUAACAAAAUUAAUCAACUUAGAAAAAAAUGCAUUGGAAAUUAAAUCCAGACAGAUUGAAAGUUUAUCUGACUACCCAGUAGCCAAAGUUCAAAGUGUAACUGAGGACAGGAGUGGAGAGGAUUUUAAAGACGUUGGUCUGUCUGAGAAUCCAAAGAAAGCUUGUGAAGUUCAGUGUGAGUUUUAUACAAAUCUGUGCCUGACACGUGAAGAGGUGGAGAAGGAUGAACUGCAGGAACCCAGCACCACAGCAGAACGCACUCAGGAAUCAAAAGUGCUCGUGCGUUCUGGCAGCCCACUUGAAACAAGCAGCUUUUGCCAAAAAGAAAAAACCGAGAAAGUAGAAAUAGGUGUUUACUCACCGGAGUUUUCUUUUGUUCCCAAAACCAGUCCUUCAGCGGUGUGUUCCCACACAGCAGGUAUUACUCAGAAUACUUCACGCUUCAUUGAUACUUGUGAGGGGCUUUUACAGAUGAGCAGACCAAUGGAAAAUGUGUUUAAUACAGAGGAUGUGGCUGCAACGGUACUAAUCACAAGUAGGCAAGGAAAUACUUUAGCAAAACCUGAAAAUGAAGGACAAGUAAAUUCUAGCAGUUUAAUUGAGCACUGUCCCCCAAACUGUUUGCCCCAGGAAGACAAGGUUAAUCAAUUUGAAGUGACUGGGAGUGAAGAACAAAUUGUCAUGACAAACACUGAGGGGCUGAUGAUCACGAGGCAAGAAGUCAUACGCACAGAUGAAAAUGUGUUAUUUACUGAAGAGUCUCCAGCUCUGCAUCAGAUGUAUUGUGAGAGAGAUGACAAAGAGGAAAUUCUAAAUCAAUUCAGGAUCCCUGAAAGAUACCUGACAGCUUCAGGACUAGAACAGAAUAUACUGUUAGAAGAUGAUUCAAGAUACCAUGAUCCUACAGAAAUGAGUGAAGCUGGUGGCUCAGUGGACUCUGUUACAGAUACAAGAAGUGCAGUCAUGAAAGAUAUUGAUGCAUAUGAAUAUUCAGCUGAUGAUAGUACAGGUAUUGACCAAUAUAGAAUUGAACAAGAACUUAAAAGUCCCCGCAUUAAAGAGGACAGCCACAUGUAUAUGAGUUGCUCUAUGCGAUAUCCUGAGCAUGGCCCUUCAGAAAACUUGAAUGUAAGUACCAUUAGAAAAAGACCUGAUAUUUUUCAAUUGGAUGUAGUAGACUCCAGAGUUGAGGAGGAGAAAGAGCAUUUGAUGAAUCUUGUACAAAUGGCCAAAACAGAUGAAGAAAAGCAGAUGUUUGUAGAAAACACAGAGGAGGUAGAACUGAUCGUUUUACAAAGCCUGAAUGAGCUAUUCCCUGAAGACAAAGACAGCUGCCAAAUGACACGUGAUGACAGCAGAUUAAAUGAAAUCCUAAGAGAAAGCCAGUGGGUGUCUACCAGCUUUUCUAGAAGUAAUGAAGAUACCAGUGAGCAACAGAAUCCACCAGCAACACUGAAGCCUACUGGAAAAAUCCAAGAAGGUUCACUUAAAGACUCCCCAUGCCAGACUGUAAAUCACCUUGUAUAUCUUGGAGCAAGUGAUGAUUCCCAUCUUGUUCAAGAUGUUACCACUGCAUUGAAAGGACAUACAAAACCAUCUAACAGCAGUGCUGGAACUGGAGCUGUUCUGCCUUACUAUGAAACAUUAAUGGAGAGUGAUGUCUGUGUUGGCAUGCCUGUUACAGCCAACAAAACGGGGCGAGAAGACACACAUCUUCCUGAUAAAAAGCAAAGUAAGAAUGUAGCUUUUCUGCAAGCCAAGACCACACAGGACAGGCAGGAGGAUGAAUCCUUUGUAUUUAACAAUGCACCUGAUUGUGCUGUAUCUGGGCAAGCUGUCAAUGAGAACAGCUCUACCACUCCCUGCAGUGCAGAUGGUUCUGAGUCUGAAACUGUUGUUCUUCAGCAAGGGGCCAAAGGAAAUUCAUUUUCCUUGGAAAAAUUAGAUUCUUCUGAAGAUACAAUUCAGGAUCUUAACAAUGCUCAUGAAGAAUGCAGGGUGGAUUUAAUGGUUAAUAAACUACCAAAAGACAGCCUUAAUUUCAUAGAAGAUACAGCUCAAGAGGAAAAGGGUACCAUUGUGUCUGAUUCACUGCCCUUGGAUAAUUCAAACCUUUCUUCUUUAGAGAAAGAAGUGAUGGAAGAUAUAGGGAGGGGAAAACUGCAUUCUAAACUAGAAAUCUCUUCACAAAAAACAUUUCACAAUGUUAAUACAACUCAGAAAGUAUUUCACUCAGGGAGUUUAUCACAGUAUGAUGAGACGGAGAAAUUUUUAAGUACAAGCUAUACUAUAACAAACAGUACAAAUGAAAAUGCAAAGUUUCCUGGUGUGGCUGGAUAUCAGUGUGAGCCUGGAGAAAAACAGGGACACAAGACUUCUGAAGAGUGCUGCUUAGACCAGCCAGGCAGCAUUGUUUCUGAGAGUGCUUCAACCCUUUCAGAAGGCCUGGACAAGUCUCCAUGGGAAAAUCCACAUUAUGAUAAAGAGUUUCUACAUUAUAAUAGAACCUUGGACACCUCUGAAUGUCCUCCUGGUCUCCUGAAUCCUCCAACAUCAUCUGCAGAUGUUUUCAUUGCCAGCAGUGGAGACAAAGGUAAAAACGAUGCUGUUCUCUCUGAAGAAACAAAAUACUUUGAAAGUGAAUCAACUGGUUUAAGUGUAUUUGUGACUUUUCCUGAUGUUUCUGAAAAAGUAGCUGAAAGGAAAAAUAGUUCUGCAGUUGCAGAAGCCACGUAUACUCAGAAUAAUAAAUUCCUUGGAAAAGUUGCAGAAGCAGAUCAAAAGGAGAAAAUAAUUCAAGGUUCUUUCCAGGAUUGUAAUGACAUAACAGAAAAUGAUGUUCAUGAGUACUCGGAACACUACAGUAACACUUCUAGUGUGACUGUACCACAGUCAGACUCACUCACUUUUCAGAGCCAAGGACAGACUGGCAGUAAAGAAUCAAAGUCUUUUCCAUCCUACUUUGCAGAAGAUGCUCCAACUGAUACACCAUUUCAAAGCUCCAAGAACUUCAGUCCUUUUGACACUUCUUGUUUACUUGAUGACUCAAAGCCUCUAAUGUUUAGUCAGCUUGAGGACUCACUUCAAGACACUUUUUUGACUGAACAACUGUCCUCCAGUUCUGCAUGUGUUAGUCAUCCAUCCUUAACACCACUUUCAGAAUCUUCUUUAACUGCAGAUACAGGCCCUGGUGAAACUGGUCCAUACGAUAUUUCACAUACAGAUAUGUUGAAACAUUCUCCAUUUGCUGCUUUGCAAAUACAAGACACUCAGUCUGAUAAGGCCGUGGUAUUCGAUGAGCCGAUACACGCUUCAGGAAGUAUUUUACUUUCUCUUGCAAAAGAAAACAGGCAUUGUCCAGUAUCAGACACAGACUGUACUUCAUAUGAAAAUUCUGCUGUAGUUGGGGAACCUGCAUAUGGAAGUAAUCCUAAAAAAUUUGACAAUGUUAUAAAAGCUGGUCAGCAUCACUGGGCUAAAGUUCCACCCCAAGAAGCUUGCACAGAGCACAUAGAGAAAGUACUAAAGGAUAACUCUCUUUUAUUACCAUCAUUACCUUUUUGGGAUACUGGACGGGCAAUUCUUGUUAAAGAGAGACAAAUGAGAAAAACACUUAACAGAAAUGAGGAAGAACUGCAUUCAAAUACUGAGGCUGAACAUUUUGCAGUAAAGACAGAGCAGAGAAAAACAUCAGUCAGAGAACCUGAUGAAAAGCAAACUAAUGUACCCUCAAAUUCUGCAAACGAAUUAAUAGGCUCAGAAGUUACAGUGUUGGAAAAUCUGUGUCCAGGAGAUGCUGGUGUGGAUCCUGAACACACCUGCAAUUCAUUUAGUCCAACAUAUCCCUCAUACAGCAGAAGCACCGAUCCCAAACGACUGUAUCGCACUGUCUUGGCGUUUGAAAAAAACCCUGCAGAUCUGCAAGAUAAUUGUCAGUAUGUGCCUACAGAUGAGCAGAUGGAACAGGUGCCAGAUAGAACAAAUACAGAUGGCAAAAAAGAGAUUUUACUUUGCAAAAGUAGUACAGGUUCAAGCGUUGAUAGUCCUGAUGAUGAUGAUGCAAACAAUUGUUCAACAACAGAAGACGCUAUAAUGAGGAAUAAGUCUCUGAAAUCAGAAAGACUAAAGUUUUCUGAAAUGAAUAAUGAAAGCACCUCUGUGAAGUUUUCACCAGAAAACCAAUAUUUGCCCCCUCAAGAAUCCCAAUUAGUGCAAUUCAGGAACAAGAGAUCAUAUUCUUCUACACGGAGUACAAAGAGCUGUAAACAAAGUGAACAGAGACCUUAUUUACAAAGUCACAGACUGUCAGCCCCAGCUAUUGCUGUCUUCUCUGAUACAGAAUAUGCUUUGGAAGCUUCAUCUCAGGCAGAUCCUUUGUUAUAUUCUGCAUCUAAAUCACUACAAGAUUUAAAUAUGAGUGUAGAGCCUCCAUCACCAACUGAAGACGAUCUUCAUGGAACUGCAGGAUUUUCAAAGCAGGAAUCACAGAACUUCCUACAGGUUAAAUCUAAACCCAGAUUUCAGCAGAGAAUGGCACAAACCAAGAAGCUUGCAAACUGCGAUCCCAAAAAUUUACAGAAUUUUGCAGCAGGAACCCAAAGCAGCCAGUCUUUAAACGACUGUACUACUCAAUCUCCAUCAUCCUCACUGCACGCAGCCCACAGCUCUGGGGGUGCAGAAGCAAAUGUUGAUUUAAAGAGUAGUUCUGUAACUCAGUGUAGCGAAGGCAAAGUUGAAGAAGCAAGAUGCCAGCCAGAAACAGAUUUAUUUUUGCAUGACAAUAAAGAUACAAUGCAUUUUAGUUCAAGUGAUAUCAAUCCAUAUAUUCAUCCAUGGCAACGAGAUGGAUCAUGCAAGAUUGGCUGGAAACAGUAUGUUUUUGGAAGUGCAAGUGAUGUCUCUUGCAAUCAAAUUCCUGUACACCUGGAAAAUCGUAAAGUUACCAGGUGUUCCAGUGUAGACAAUGGAAUGAACUCUCAAAAUUCUCCUUUUCAUUCUCAUCUCAGUUCGUAUGCUACAGCAAAAGUUUUAUCGAGCACUUUAAGCAGCAUUGAAGGUCUUCAAGGAUGGGACAAUGUCAAACAAGACUUUCAACCUGCGUACUCAAGUGACAGUACUAAGCAGUAUAGCAACGUGUCCAGCGAAACAUUAGAAACUAAUCCAGAAAAUAACACUGCUGAAUUUGAGAAUCCUUCUGCACAACCUGGUAACUCUUCAAUGCAGGUUGAUGAAAUUGUACUGUUAUACCCUUCUGAGUCUGAAAGGUCUUCCAAAAAACUACCAGGGCUUACAUGUGAGCAGGGAACACAAACAGCAACUACAGGAAGGUGUAAGAGGCAGAGAAGACGUCAAAGAAGCUAUACGGAUGUUUCUGCAAGAAAGCAGGAAACAAACAGAGAUCUGUUUCAUCAACCUUCUUGGACAAGCAUGGAGAACCUGUCCAUGCAUCUGUCACAGCUUCUUCAGAAUACUUCUGAGCUUUUGGGAAACCUCUCCCAACAGAGCAUUAUAGACAGUGAGCAGAAUGCCAAAAUCAACCAAAGAGGAACUGAAGAGGCUGUAAAGACCACUAGAUCAGAUAGCUGCACUCAGACUACAGCAGAUGUAGGCACUCAGACAGAGGUUUUGGAAGAACCUCAAAGGAAGCAGGAAGAAAAACAAGUGGAGGCAAAAAUGGAAAAUGAAUUGAGGGCAGCUCAGGCAGUAAACAUGGAUUGGAAAGGGAGAGGUGCAGAGGCAGUAGGUAAGAUUCCCAAAAGGAAAGAGGAAACACUCUCUCUUGAAGAAAGAACACAAGAAGGAACAGGGAUGAGAAAUCUGGGCAAUUCUGACUUCUAUGACAGUCUUGACAGCAUUUUGGAAGACUCCUUUAUGCGUCUGCCUCGCUUACCCAGAACCUCUGCUCCUGUCUUAGAUUUUCAAAAAACAUCAUUAAAUGCGCAGCAAAAUGCUGCUUUUGGUAAUACCAGAGUUUCAUCUGUCACAUCAUCUUCACUGAGCUCAGGGCAAGAUGGUUCUUCGUGCACUGUAGUCAGCAGCCCUACUGACAGCACCUCUCAAUCUCCAGCGUCUUACGCUCAGGAUAAAAGAAGUGUCACUGACCUAGAGGUUCCAGCAGAAAGAAAAUUUAGUUACAAAAACACCCUGCUGGUCGAUAGGGCCUCUUCCCCUAUCCUUACUCUCAGUGCUAGUCCCAGCAGCCAGAGUGCUUUCAGCAGGUCUGCCUGCCCUCUUAAGGAACCUCUUGGAUAUUCCAGUGAUGUUUCAAGUCCCCUUCAUGGCCAGAGACAGCAGAGGACAGGCCUGCAGCCCAGCCUCCAACCUCACGUGGACAAUUUUUCACAGACAGAAACAGACAGCGAGUCGAGCUCCUCUAAAGGCAACAAGGGCAUAAGAAAGAAAUCCACCAGCUUUGCAGAGAAGAAAGCAGCCAAAGAGCUUUUGGGACAGGAUGGUUCAAAAGACUUGGAACAGCAGCAGAGUCUGAUGGUUGACACCCACACUACCAUUUGUGCAAAGCGACUGUAUCGCUCCAGUAGUGUGAUGGAGGUGUCGGGCCACAGGCAGGUUUUAACAGGUGAUCUCGGGGACCGCAGCCCACUGGCACGUCCUCUUCGUUCCAUGUAUGUCACGAGGGGAGGAAGAGGUUCUUCAGCUGGAAUUGGACAUGAAAAAUAUGUUGGUAAUUCUGAUACUGCUUUGAUUCGUAACUACUCACCUCCAAAUGCCGAGUUACUUUUUAAUCAGAAAAUUAGUGCCACUUGUUCAAGUAAGACAAAUGCUGGUGCCUCCUCAGAACCUCUGGUAGAAGCAUCUUCUCUACAAUUCCAUGAUUUCUUCUGGAAAAAUGAAACCAGCUACCCUCCCCUGCUCUCUGAUGCGAGCGAUGCGCGCGAUGCGCAGACGUCCUUCCGGGAUGAAAACACGGAUUCUGUGACUGAGAGUGAAUGUGACACUGAAAUUCCUCUCAACACAAGUACUGCUUUUGCAAAGCCCUACAGGCCUCGGAGCUACAGUCUCCGUGACUUACCCCUACACAACAAAUUCAGCAACUGGUGUGGUGUUCGGGGCAGCCCUUCUCCUUCCUUACUCAGCUUGAGCGGCAGCGUGACCGAUCUCCGCGGCCAGGCAGAAAGGACAGCUCGAGGCACGAGAGGAACAGAAAUGGAGGGGAAACCCCAGCUUUCUGACAGCAGGAGCAGAGAGAUCGAGCGACUUCAGAGAGAGCGAGCUCAGAUCAUGUCUGGCCUCCACCUGGACCUGCACCAGCAUCCCCUCACCGUGGAACUGACUGAAGCCAAGCUCAACCACGGCAUCGGGGAAACGGACGCCCUGCUGAGGGUCCUUCAGAGCGGGGCUGCAGAUGACCUGGGGGCGAUUCCGGUGAAGCAGCAGCUUUAUGAAAGACACAUGAAGACUAUUGAAACUUUGAGGAAGGAAAGAGAGAAAAGGCUGCAAAGAUACCAAAGAAGUCGAAGUCUGAGUCCUCAAAAGCAUUUGAGUCUGUUGCAGAUGGAUGCAAGUCAGAGGGAUCUGGAUCUGCCCAGCAGACGCCGAGAGUAUCUGCAACAGCUGAGAAGGGAUGUGGUGGAAAAUACCAGAGUUCAAGAACCAAAAAGAAGAAGCAUUCAGCAUCCUUCAGACAUUGAACUGCUGCUCCGAGACUACCAGAGGGCACGGGAGGAAACCAAAACUGAAAUUGCACGAGCCAGGGACAAACUCCGGGAGAGAGCUGAGCAAGAGAAAAGGCGUAUUCGGGAGCAGAUAUUUUCUCAGUUACAGAAGGAAGAAGCCAGGCUGAAGACUCUGGCCAGUACGAGCACUUUGUGUACGGGCUCCAGCCUCAGCCUCUCCUCUGGCCCAACGUCUGGCUACAACAGCAGCAAUGCUGCUACCUACACUGCCAGCAACCCCAGCCAGGAGGGACAGGUUUCUUCUGGAAAUUCUUUGUUUUCAAGAGAUACAAGAGGUCGUUCAGCUGUUAGAAAUAGUCAGCUUUAUUUGUUAGAGCAACUGCAAAAGGAUUCAACAUUUGAAGCCAGCAGAAUUCAGCCACCCCUUCCUUCCAGUAGCAUCAGCUGCAGGUUCACUCAUGGAUUAACUAUUUCCGUCAGCUCCUCUUCAACAAAAGGAUACCAGGAUUUGUCCAAGCACAUCCUGGCUAAUGCUACCACUGAGGUGAUGGCAGCAUGUUCCCAUAACCUGAGGAACCUCUACACCUGCCAAGCAGCAGCUGGUUGGAAAUACCAGUGUACAGAAAAAGAGGUGCUGGUUUACUACAAAGUCUUCCCCUCAGCUACAAGGCACGGCUUCCUGGGGGCAGGAGUGAUAGAGCGACCCCUCCCCUGCGUGUGGGGGCUGGUGAGGGACCCUGGCAAAAGGCACCUCUACGACAGAACCAUCAACACCGCGCGGAUACACAAGAAGGUGACCAGCCACAUUCAGCUGGUGUAUUUAGUGACCGACACCUCCCUGUGUUACCUGAAGCAACCCCGGGAUUUUUGCUGCAUUACUGUGGAAGCCAAAGAGGAGAACUUGUCUGUCUUGGCCGUGCAGUCCGUGUACGACGCGUCCAUGCCUCACCCCGGGAAGGAAGUGGUGAGAGGGGAGAUCCUGCCAAGUGCUUGGAUACUGGAACCUGAUGUGGUGAACGGAAGAGAUAUCACCAGAGUUAUCUACAUGGCACAGGUGGACCUUGGUGCCCCAGCCGUCCCCGCGAGGCUCCUGAGCUCCAUGGCCAAGCGACAGCCCCUGGUGAUCGCCCGGCUGGCACACUUCCUGGCCAGCUAGUGUUUGGUGCAGAACUGGACCAAACUGGACCAGCUGGACUCCACAGCAGCUGAAAGCUCCUGCAGAGAGAGAGAGACAAGUACCUGUAAGGGUAAUGUAAAACGGUGGCUGAGAAGACAGUCACAAUCAAGCCUCCAACUGCUAACGCUGGACUAUACAGAAGUCUAGUUAGACAAAAAGGAUCAUUUAUUUUGGCCAAUGCUGCUCAGAAGAAACCCAGCAAGUGUUAUGGGGAACCUGUCCUCCUGGAGACAGCUGUGAGAACGCUGCACAGCUCAGCAGGGAGGUGUGCUGGCUCUAGGAAGAGACUUUGCUUUACAACAGCCUGCAUCUUACAUGCAGAAGUCUAUUAUUUAGUUUCUGUUUCCAAGGAGCUUCAAAGAUCAACCUUCUUUAGGAAAGUUUAGGCAGCAGUUGGGGAAAAAGGCAAUGGAAGCAAUGAAAUGCACUCCAGACUGGAACCAGCAGGCGUGUGGCUUGAGACCUUGUACCAGCUCUGGAGUAGAGCUGCAAAGCCACUUCCUAAUGUUGAGCUGGGUAUGGAAUGCAGAGUUCCUAAUGGUGUAGAUAAAUCACUUACCUGUGCUGGGCUGGCUGCACUCCCUGCAGAAGGAAGGUAAAACAGCCCUAUAUCCACCCCACACCCCGGGCAGAUUUUCUUCCUGUCACUGGCUGAGCGGGUGCAGCAUCGGUGGGACCCACCACGCCUCAGGACACAGUUGUACUGCACUGCAGAACCAGGUGCUUUCACACCAAGAAACCAAACUGACAGCUGUAAACAGCGACACUUUGUCAUUAAUAGGGAGUAGUACUGAGUAGUCAGCUUGUUUCUAGAAUUUGAAUCCUGCAAAUAAGAGCAGCUUUUUCCAUCAGCCCUUCUAGACUUUCACCCAAAUGCAUUAAGAGUUGGAAGUGGAGCCUGGUGGGAGUUCCAGCGCGCUCCUUUGCAGCCAGCACUGACUCCUCCUGUUCAGUUACCUCGUGGCACUUCUGUAGAGCUCAGUCCAACCAUCCCGCUGCCAGGCUUCACACAUCUGCUCAACCCACUCCCUGGUUUGGUCACACGUUCCUAAAAUCAAACAAAACCAACUUGAGUAUCUAAAUAACUUCAUUUAGUUCUUCAGCACAACAGUAAAGAAUCACUUUAGGUAUCUUGUCUAAGCAAUAAGAAGAUGCUAUGAUACGCUUUCUUUAGCUCAAAAAAGCCCACAUUGUUCAAGAAGCUGUUGCACUUUAAAUUUGUCAAGUAAGAAAUAUGUAUUCAAGUAUCCACCUUACCCCAGUCAGCACCUGCUGCUUUAACACAGUUACUGUCAGUAAAAGGUGCAUUUUCCCAGCACAGGGUGACCUCAGCUGCACUUCCCACCUUGGAGUUCAAGAGCCAAGAGCUACUUUUACUAUAUCUUUGCACAGGUGUAGUUUUGGCUCUCAGCUUCUGCGUUACUUCCUGUUGUUAAUGUACUAAGUUUUAAAAGAAAAUAUAAUAGCUAUUUUAAAUUGAUAUUUAAGAAAAUAGCAGUUUUGAGACAUAUCAGCCCAAGGCUCCCCCAUCCCCUUAAACUAUACCAGGAGGAUAACAAAACCUUUCACUUAACAAUUUGUUUUGUUUUAUCUUUAGAUGGUCAUGGUUACAAAUUGUACAGCAACCUAUUACUGCUCUUUUUUUUUGGUGAGGCUCAGCCUUUUCUUAAAAUCCUGCUAAACAUGGUUCAAGUGUCACAGAUUUUCCAUAGCCUAUGGAAAAAAGGGACAACCGGUCACAAAGAUUUCCAGAUUUGCAGCCAGUCACAGAGCCCUCCCUCUCCCUCCCUCUCAGUGGAAACCAAGAAAGGAAGAGAACAAGGCAGUACUUAAAGGCCCUAGAAAACACGAGCAGCAACAGCAGCCCAGUGAGUUGGCUCAGUCCCCAGUGCUCCUUCCCUGGAAUUCCGGAGGAGGCAGGGAGGUCUGAAGCAGCCCACCACAGAUUGGCUCAGUGCUUUGCUUUUUUCCCUUUUAUUUUGGACACGGCACUAGUGAUAAAGCAGUUUUUGUAGGAAAAACAUCUAGGGGGAUUCCUGUUGAUCAACGAUACCAGUGCCUAUGAAGGAUAAUGUCUUAUUGUACAGUGCAUCAGAUGUUUAUUUUUAUAUAUACAUAAGAUUUUUUUCUAUGUUUACAAAUUAAGUUAUUUAUAUAUGCUUGUUUUGAAGCGUUUUUAUAUGCUAUCAAAGCUAAGUUUUAUUUUUAUUGGUAUUGAAUUAAUGUAACUUUUUUUUUUAAUACAAUCUUCAAUUGAUACUAAAAAGCCUAUUUAUAUAAAUGUUUUCUUUUGCAAAUAUAACAUUUUAUGGUACCUGUUAACGUACAGCAUUGGUUUGUUUGAAGGGAAGGAAUAAAAACCCAGCAGAUACCUAAUUUGUUCAUCUAUAACGGGCAAAACCCAACUUCCUGUAAGUUACUGCUGAGCAGUAGAUGAUCAAACCAAUUGUGUUGUACCACCUACUGCUGCAUCUCUGCUCUUAAUCAAGAUUGCUAUUUUCAUAUCCACAAUAAAUGGUAUUUUCUACACAA